AUGUUGAAUUAGAUGAAGAAUAUGGGGAUAAAAUAGAAAGACUUACCAGUGUUGGAAAAAUAUGAAACUUAAUAUUUGUUUUAUUAUUUUACUUCUGGUAAAUUGGUUGUAUUCAAUAAAGAGAAGCAGAUAAGAAUAACUGAAUUGGUGGAUACAAUUAAUAUUGAAGACAUAAAUCCUUUGCAAGCCAAUCGUAAAUAAUUUAUAGGAUUGAACCAAAGUUUAGAAAAAAGAAAGAGUAAAUGA